AUGAUGAAUUUGAAUCCAUUGUCAGAUUGCGAAAAGAAUUUUAUUUUGGAAGCAGCAUCCCAGAAAGUUGUAAGUAAAUUAUGAUUUUACUAAAGCCCUCAUUGAAAUACCUAUACCUGGUAUAAAUACCUGAAAUAGGUGUGAUACCAACAUUAUUUUCUGUACGUUUAUUUUAUGGUAUUUAUACAUUUUAAAAUAAUAGCCUAAAUAAAAAUGUCUAAUUUAACGAAUAUUGUUGUCAUUAUCUAUUUUUAUUGUUGAAAUACUAUUUUAUUAUAUACUUAAAAUAUAUAUAUUAAACAAAUAUUUUAGCGUCUUGAUGGCCGUAAAAAAGAAGAAUAUAGACCUUUGAAGAUAGUAUUUGGUCUUGAUUGGGGUAAUUGUUUGGUAACACUUGGCACUACAAGAGUAUUUGCUCAAGUGAGUUGUGAAAUAUAUCAACCCAACAAUAGUCGUCCAAAUGAAGGCAUUCUUCAAAUAUCAGCUGAAUUAGCAGGAGAUAACAAACUUACUGAUUUAACAAAGAUUAAUCAAGUCUUGGAAAGAUUCUAUAAGGAUUCAAAAUGUAUAGAUCUAGAAUCAUUGUGUAUAAUUGCUGAAGAAAAAGUAUGAUUUUUAAUUUACAUAAAUUAUUUAUGAUCAUAUAAUUAUUAUGUUAAUACUCAAUAUGUGUAUACGUAGUGAAUUCUGCUUAAUGCGGGCACGAUGGUGCCAUUUACAUUCACCUAUAUUAAGUGGUUGCCUAUUUUAACCGAAAAAUAUUAAUAAUAACAAUAAUAUAUAUUUUAUUUCAUUUCCUAGAAUACAUAAUAAUAUAAUUGACAAUUAGAUAUGAAAUGAUAAUAUAUCCUAAAAGCAAUGCUUGUGGAGGAAACACAGAGUUCUAUACUAAAAAUAUACAGUUAAAACUAAAAAAAAAAAAAAAAAUGUAUAUAUAAACUCAUCUAUAACUAAAACGAUGUGUAGUGAUAAAAGAAUAAUAAAACAAAAACAUAAAAUAUAUAGUACUCUAAAAGAAAAAUAUUGUAUCAAUAAUUGUAAUUGCUAAAAAAAAUGAGUAUUUGUAUACAUUAGAAUCAAAACCAGACCAUAAUGCCCAUAUUUUGUGGCUGUGCCCACAUUAAGCGGAAUCCACUAUGUAUCUACCACUAUGAUCACAAAUUUAUUUAGGUUUGGAAAAUUAAAGUGGAUUUAAGUGUUCUGAAUAUGGAUGGUAAUACUUUAGGGUGUUGUUCAAUUGCUACUCUUGCGGCAUUAAUGCAUUUCCGUUAUCCUGAUGUCGUGUCAACUGGAGAAAAAAUUAUUGUAUAUUCUAGUUCAGAGAGAGAUCCUAUACCACUGUCACUUCAUCAUCAUCCAGUAAUUGCAAGUUUUGCCAUCUUUGAAAAAUAGUAUGUUAUUAUUUUGUUAACAAUAUAUACUCCUUUAUAAUCUGUUUCUAAGAAUAUUUGGUUUUAGUGAUUUUAUUAUACUAGAUCCGUCAUUUUUGGAAGACAAAGUUUGUGAUAACAAAUUAUCAAUUUGUUUUAAUAACCAUAGAGAACUGUGUGGUGUAGAUAUUGAAGGAUGUGCUUGUUUAAGUCAAGAACUGCUUAUGAACUGUUCAAAUCUGGCAGCCAACAUUGUUAUUAAAUUAGUGGAUAAAAUAAAAUCCGUUAUACAAUCUGAUAUUGAAAAUCGGUAAAGUUAUUAACUAAAAGCUGAUUAAAUAUUAUUUUAUCUAUUAAAUACUGUAACUUCAUUCAAAUGUGACAAAGUGUAUGUAUGCAGUUAUUUUAAUACUAGUGUUAAUAUUCAUACACAGUUUUAUACAAAUCAAAAUAAUUAUUUGAUUUUUUUCAACGGUGCUUGAACAUUUUUAAAAUUAUCAAUUUAAAAUGUUAAACUUAAACUUAAAAAUUAACCUCUACCGUACAUUUUCUAAUUCAACUCUAGAGUAAAUGGUCAUUUGUAUAAAAUCAGGAAUUUCAGAAUUUUUUAAUUUUUUUUUUAUAAAAGUUUUUGUAGUUGCAGUGUAAAAAAUAACUGAAAUUUGAUGGAAGCUUAAAAUAAAUUUAACUGCUUUAUCCAUUUAUAUAAUCAAUAUUUUUUUUAGUUCAAAUAAAUCUAUACAAGGCCUGGAACCCGAAUUUUCUAAAAAUUGUGGCCUUAAGUUACGUUUACCUAAUGAAAUUGAUUUUGUUGAUCCACUCAAUCAAGAAAUUAUAAAUAAUGAAAUUGAUUUUGUUGGACCACUCAAUCAAGAAAUUAUAAAUAAUGAAAUUGAAGGUAGGUAUGAUGUUACUUAAGCAUUUAUAUUUUUUUAACGCAAAUAUGUUCAUUAUUUUUAGGAUUAAAACUUUAUAUUACCAUCUUUAAUUUUCUGAGCAGAGUGUUUUACAAUGAUGAUUCAUUUUUAUUUUCUAUGAAUAACUUUUCUAUAAAAAAAUUUGCUCUGAUUUUCAAGUGUAGCACUUUUUCUAAUAGGAAAUUUUAUAAUAUUUUAACAAGGCCAAUUUUUGAUUUUCCCAGGAGUUUUUAUAAUAAUUGAGAAGAAACGGUUUACAAAAUUUAUUAUUUUCAAAUCUUAAAUAUAACGGCCUUUCAAAACAUAUAUAAUCAAACUCAGAAUCGUUUUUUCAUUAGCAAUGAUUAAACUGCAUACGGGUAUACAUUAAAUUUACCUUCUACCUUUCAACUUCUCACUUACAACAGUGAGCCACCCAUCGUACGAAGUACUUUUACAUCGUCCACAUGUACAUCAGCCACUUUCAUAUCAUUGUUAAUCGCAUCCAAGGUUAGGUCUUAUUUAAAAUUAACAUGUCUAGGUAUUGAGAAAAAAGAAAGGUAUUGUAGAAGUAGAUAGAAAACAGUCUUGUGAACUUGAAAUAAUCAAUUAGUAUAAUAAAUAGUAAUGUAUAUGUUUUAUAAUUUAGAAAAAAUGGAUAUUGAUCAAGAAGUUAUUAAUAUAUUGCCGGAAACUGCCAUUACUAUAAGUCAUAAUAAUUUUAAUCAAAUCGAAAAACUAAAUGACAAAUUGAUAAUCCUUGAUACUGAAAGUAGUUCAUCAUCAAGUGAUGACAAUGAUGUUGAAGUUAUUAAUCAUUAUAAAUUAGAUGAUGUAAGACCAGUUAUUGGAGAAUAUAGUAAGUGUUCAAAUUGUAAAAUAGUGUAUUAAAGUUUUAAAAAAAAUUAAAACCAUAUGUUAGCACUAUUAAAAUAAUUUAAAGAGGCUAGUUGAAAAUCACUAUUCUAGACUUCUAAUGGUUAUAAUUUAAAUUGGAUAAAUAUUAAUUUAUUUUUGUUCCAAUAGUUUUUGGAGGUUUAUCAGAAUUAAAAGAUCAAAACUAAGAACUGUUAAAUUCUAAAAUGAUAUUUUACAGAGGAAAAAUAGAAAUAAAAGAACAAUACAAAUUAGAAAAUUUAAAUCAAUUUCUUAUUAUUUUUUUUCAUACACUUACAGAAUCCUCUAAACAUCUUAGUUUUAUGAGACAAUUUAUGAGUCUCCAACUUUGUACAACUGAUAGGAUCCAUGUUCUUAAAGAGUUUUGAAGAAAGACAUUUUUAAUUUUAUGCAGUAUUUAAAUUGUUAGUAGUGUUGUGUGUUAUCUACGCUAACUUUCUAGUUUCCGCUUUCUGUCUGUAUGAAAAAUCAUACCUAUUGUUUUAUGAUUUAUAGAACCCCAUACUUCAUUAUUUAAUAAUAUAUUUAUUGAAUUCCAACUAAACAAAAUAACAAUUGAAUUAAUAUAAGAAAACACCUAUACAACAACUAGCUGGAUAUUUAAAAAAUGUAAAACAUUCUAGAACAGAAUAUGUGGCUCCAUAUUUGAUGAAACAAAAAUAACUGACUGAGAAAUACAAUAGGGAGUUGUAUGUUACAGCAUUGAUUAUAAAUACUAAUUAUUUAACUGAUUAUGUUUAAUGGUUAUAGUCUAUGUAGCAUCAGUAACUAGUUAUAUAAAAGGACAAAGGCUAUAUAAUGAGAAGAGGAGGUAGAGAUACCUAGAUAUCAUUCCAAUAUUAAUUUUAUAGUAGAUACAUUGUCUAUGUAGCAUACAGCACCACAACGCUUAAAUCAUCUUCCUUUUGAAUAUAACCUUAAAUUAAAGUACUUUAAUAUAUAUAUUAGCUGUAUUACCUGGCUUCGCCCAUGAAAAGUUUUGUAACAUAAAAUAUGUUUAAAUUUAUUUUUAUUUCACCUGUAUUAGUAUUGUAAUCCAUAACGAUAUAAAUAAUACCUUUUUAUACUUUUAUGUGUGUAUUUGCCAAUAUUAUUUUACAAUCCUUUUUUAUUGCACAUUUAAAUUAUUAGAGAAACCACUAUUCAAAAUUUGAAGUUCAUACUGUGUGUAGUUUUUGAGAAAUAGUGUUCAGUUAUUUCAGUGGUAUUUGGCUUUUAGAUUUACGUAUAACUUAAGUUAUAGUGUUAAAGACUAAUAUUAAUGUCACUACUUUUAUACUUACAAUAUAAAAAAAUAAAUGAUAAGAAACUGAUUCGCAUUCCUAAUUUGUAUUCAUGUGAAAUAUUAUCCUGACUUUUACAUACACCAGAAAGGUCAUAAUAAUAAAACUAAUAAUUCAAUGGUGGAUUUAACUAUUGUGAUUGAAUUAAGCUAAACAUAAAAAAUUGUCUAAAAUUAUUUAUUAUGGUUUAUGAAAAGAUUUCUACAAAAUACAUUCUAGUGGCACUUGUAGACCGUAAUUUUUAAAAUUUAAAUAUUUAGUUAUUUUAUACAUAUGUAUGCAGUGUCUGUAAUAGGCUUUACAUUUUUUUUUAUCAUUCAAUUUUUGCAAUCUUUUCAUUUUUUAGUCAAUAUUUAUUAAUAAUCAACUUGAGCUUGUUAAUUGAUUAGCUCUUUCAUGACAUCUUCAACUAAAAUUUAAACUAUUGUUAAUGCAACACAGGUUCUUCACUUAUCUGCCACGUUAGACAGUUUAAUACAGAGAAAUCACCUGAAAAUCCGGUCUUAUUCCUAGGUUAGCUACCUUAUUUUAAGCAUUAUUUUCUGGACAAAAAUCAUAACUCUCAUAUAUAGCAUUAUCUCUUAUUUAUAACUGUCUACCAGAAAAUUGUUUAAUUUCCACCAACAAAAUACCAUUUCAUAUUGUAUUUUUCUUUUUUGUUUUCAGUUGUUUCCGAUGAUGAAAAUAGUGAUACAGGUACCAUAAUUUUGGAUUAA